GUACACCCACCAGGUGUUCACUCCCGGGCUCAACACCCUGGAGGUGGCUGUACUGCUGGCGGAGGUACUGCUGGCGGAGGUAUUGCUGGCGGAGGUACUGCUGGCGGAGGGAGCAGUGCGGCACCGCGUGCUAGUGGGGCUGAAGGAGGUGGGGCAGGCGGUACACAGUGGGAGGGCCAAGUGUGUGGUGCUGGCGGCUUAUGUGGAGCCUGGGACACGUGAGGGGGGUGAUGAAAGGCUAGAGACUGG